AUGCCCCAAGUCCCAACAGACCUACCAAACCUCCAAUCCUGGAUCUCCAGCUCCACACCCUACCAUAACGUCAACCACGCCCAAGCAUCUUUCAUCGACGUGAACGACUUCACCGUGUACGAGCUCGAGGUCGCCCUUCGCUAUGCCAUCCAAGUCUACCAAGACAAGCAGACCGAGCUUGGAGCAGCCAUCGACAGGGGCAAGAGCCAUGCCAGCCAAGCCACGAUCGCCACCAAAGUCCUCGAAUGGGCCACCUCUGGACCUAUAGCGGAAAUUCCAACUCAGGAGUUUCAGCAGAUGGUCAUGGCGGCGAAGUUUGCAGACGAUUUGACGUAUCAGAAUUGCGUUGUUGGUCUUGCGGUGGGCAUUCGAAGGCUGAAAGAUGAGAUUGUGAAGCUCGAACAGCAGGAUAAGGCGACGGCUGGGGAUGAAGACGAUUGGUUUCUGGUGGGAAAGGACGAAGCCGAGCAAAGGGAACAGGACAGGCUGUACGCCGAGAUCGAGAUCCAGCUGGACGGUGCUCUUGCGCGUGGUACUGAGCAAGCUGAGGAGGGCGAUAUCGAGGUCAUGUUCGCGGGUCGGUGA